AUGCUAUCAUCUUUACAAACAUCUGCAACGAUGAUCGACGAUCGAACACUUCGAGCGUAUCUACGUAAUAAUUCGGCAUGGAGUUUAGAUGAAAGUGGACCGGGACCAUCAGUAGAUCAACUUAAUCUUUCAUCGAGCGGUCAUGGUGAUCGGUUUCUUAAUAGUAGUGUGCAUUUUCCUGCAGAAAUGAGAUCAGCAAACUUAAAUGACAUGGUCUCGAGCAUCAUCGACGAAAAUGCGGAGUAUCAUCACCAUGGCAUGGUACCUAUGUUUCCACCGUAUCAAUCAACUUGGUCUAAUGCCGAGCAAUCUGAUCUGAAUAUGCAAUAUAUGCAACAUAUCAAAAAUAUGAAUUCUUCACACCAAGCCAGAUUUGCUUCAUCGACUUUGUCUGAAAGUGGUCAUCCACGAAAUAUUCCAGAUUCAUGUUCGAUGCAUCCGAUUCCUCCCAAAGAUAUUCAAGUAUUGAUUCGUAAAGGUGAUCAUAAUGGUGUCAAUUCUCUGAUUACAAAUGUAUCUCUACAACAAUUUCGUCAGAUGAUCGGUUUACAAUACAGUUCAGGCGUCGGAUCUGGUACCGAUCGUCGAUUACUCUCGUCAUCGUCACGUACAUCAAAUGUUCGACGUCCUUAUUCAUUAGCAAAUCCGAAUCAUCCACCACUUUCGUCUUCUUCAUCGAGUUCUUCAUCAUCGCUGCCAACACCCAAUACUCGUUUAAUCAAUACAUUAAAACAACGAUCACCAGAAGCGAUAUUUUUUCCUAGCAACGACCCUCAAUAUUUACCGAUGUCUUCUCACGAUGCUUUGUCUAUGAAUUGUUCUGGUGCUAAUGGAACUACACCCAUGACCGAUGCUAUUUCGAAUUCACCUGUAGCAACUUGUCAAGACAUCAGCUAUUUUCGAUCUAACAGACGAACAGGAGUGGCAAAUACAUUACAUAUUGCUAUUGAAAAAUGCUACGAACAAUUGAAUUACAUUCGUGAUAGUUAUGCUGAAACGGAAUCAAAGGUUGGAAUUCAAACUUUACAUAAAUCUUCUUCACCAUCAUCAAUCAAUGAUAUCACAAAUGCAAAUUUUUCUACUCUAUCAAACAACCCAUCACGUGUCGAUCGCCUAAUUGCAGAAUAUCAUUACGAAUAUACUCGAAUCGUUCGUUUACAUGAACGUAUCAAAGAAAAUCUAUCAAUGCAAGAUAUCGAAGCCACCCGACAAACACUUGAUGAAUGGUUUAAUGCAAUUAAUAAUGUACAGGACCGUCGUCGACAAGAGAUCGAUAAUGCAGCAGAAAAGUGUCGUUCGGGCGAACCACGGCUGCCCGAUGAAAAAGAUGUUUUACAAUUAGCUGAAGCUUUACGCAUUUUACGUAUCACAACACGAAAAAUCCGUACGGUUCUCUGGUACUGGUUGUAUUGGUCAACAAAUUCUACGACGAACAAAAUUCCUUUGAUUGCUCGUCAUCAAGAUGAACAAAUCAAUGGUGAAUCAUAUCCGACCAUACAGAAUACAAGUUACAAUCUCUUUUAUCCUACGGCGAAUACAGAUGACUUGGAUGCUGAUGAACAACAAAGAAAAGUUUCCAUGAAACCUUCGAUAUCAACCAAUGAAAAUAAUAAGGAAAAUGAAUGUAACGAAUGA